AUGGCAAAGAUCUUCCUGACCGGAGCCACAGGCUACAUUGGCGGCACUGUCCUGUCGCUGUUGAUCAAGUCGCACCCUGAAUAUGCCAUCAGAGCACUGGUGCGCGACAGCGCAAAGGGCAAGAUUAUUACCGGCACAUUUGAGGACGUAGAGGUUGUCGAGGGAGACUUGGACAGCGCCGAUAUUUUGGCUCGCGAAGCCUCCAACGCCGAUGUUAUUCUCCACCUUGCCUCAACUGGCCACCUGAAGAGCGUCGAAACUAUUCACAAGGCCCUCGCCUCUAGCCAGAAGCCAUCACACUGGGUCCAAGUUUCUGGUGCCAGCGCUCUCGCCGCGGCCGAGCUGGCAGACAAGAGCCGCGCCCCCGGCGACGGCAGCGAUCUGGUCUUCAACGAUCUUACUGGCAUCGCCGACAUUCGCUCCAUCAUCCAGCGCCACCCGAGCCGCGCCGUCGACAACUACAUUCUCAAGGUCGCGGCCGAAGAAUCGAAGAUCAACACUGCGCUGGUCUUCCCGCCUAUCAUUUACGGCCAAGGCCUCGGUCCUGGCAACAAGCGCAGCGUCCAAGUCCCUGCGCUGGCCAAGACAACACUGGAGCGCAAGCGAGGCAUUCAGGUCGGCAAGGGCCUGAGCCGCUGGGGCAAUGUGCACGUUGAGGAUGUCAGCCAGCUUUUUGUCAAGUUGGUCGAGAAGGCUGUUGAGGGCAAGGCCGAUGCGCAGUCAUUUGGCGAGAUCUCGAAGCUUGUCGCUACAGCCGCCGCGAAGAAGGGACUCAUCCCCUCAGACGAUGUCGAGGUCCUCAGCCCCGAAGACGCAAACACUCUGCUCCCUCACGGAGCUGUACUCUUUGGAACCAAUGCGCGUAGCGAGGCGGUCAGGGGCAAGGAGUUGCUCGGCUGGGCGCCUGCGGGUGAGAGUCUGCUAGACGAAAUUCCGAAGGCGGUGGAGCGCGAGGCCGAGGUACAGCAAAGCAACCUCUGA